AUGAAGCAUGCUGCGAAGUAUCCUCGUCUUUUAAACAUCGGCGGCAACACUGGCAAGGUGAACUCCUUCUCAGGUGUCGAUAUCGGUGAUCUCACUGGUGGCGUCUUCAAUACUGCGAUGUUAUUGAAGGGCGAUAACCUUGAGUGUUUCGUGAUGCAAAUUAUUAUGGCUGCUGCGCCUGAUGUUCUCGGCAGUCAGUUCACUGACGUUACAAAGGCUUUGAGGCCAUUGGCGGACAAGCUUCGACAGCUUCUUGCUGGAAAGACUUGUUCCAAGCUGCAGAAGGUCAACAUGAAGUUGUUUGAGAAAUUCCCUGGUUACACUGAGUCGUAUGGAAGCUAUGCUGGUGUUUCUAAGGGGUCUCUCCGCGGUGUGAUUGAGGGUGUUGGUGGCAUCCUGGGAGGGCUUGUAACCACUGGAAAUAAGGCGUAG